UUUAAUGAUGCAGCCACUUCAAGUGCUCCCUACAUUGAAUGAAAGAAAAGAACUGCCACUUUCGGAUCAUGUUUGUUCUGAAGCUGAGCCAGUGGCACCUUAUGAUUCUACGGCUAGAGAUGGCAUUCAGGAAAUGUGCCAAGAAGUUACAGAGGCUAAGAUUUUGUUGGCUGAUGACUGCGAUGAAGUACCAGACACCUUUUCAUUAACUUCCCAAAACAGUAAGCAGAGCAUUGGUGAUCCAGUACAUGGAAAAGCCAGCUCAAUGAGACAACUGUCAAGAAAUUCUGAGGUCUCAAUUUAUCUGAAAAUAGGGUCAUCUUCAUCUGCAGAACAGUUUCUUCCAUCAAAGGGUAUGGAAGUACCCGAGCGAUGUAAAAAGACCCAUGAUGUGAUGGGAAUGGUGAACAACAUUGCAGGCAUCUGUCUCAAGGAAAAAGAUAACUUCAUGAACUGUAUGCCUUGCCCAAACUCAGAAGGGUCUUCCUCAUUGGCGCAUCCUGGUAGGAUACUGGUGCAUCCUGCUAUGACCAUGGAUCUAUCCGCCUUUAUGCCAGCACCUAACAGCAAUGGUCUUCCUCCUGAACUCGUUACAAGUUCUUUGCUGUUGGCACUCCUCAAUAAAAUGGAGGUCUUCACAAGGCUACCACAAAAUCUACACUUCAGUAAGCUGCUGCAGGAUUCCCACCCAGAAUUGCGUGAAGGAAAGGCUAUAGGACUUGUGAUUUCAUUUUCCCAUUUGGCCGAGAGCAUACAAAAUAUGCGAAUUCAGGACGACGAUAACAAAUUUCAGCAGAAAAUGAGCAGCCUUGCAGAGCUGGAAGAGAAUGGGUUUGAAGUUGGCACCCUGAAGGAGCGUCUCGAGAACCUGCUCCGUAUUAAGAGUCGUCACAUGGAUUUCAAGGGCAAGAAGGCGAUUCUGGAACAUGAUAUACUUGAGAAGGAAGGAGCAUACAACAAAGUUGAACAAAAGGUGGGAAUACUAGACAUAGGCAUCAAGGAGCUGGAGCGAAUGCUUUUGCAUGCUCAAGAGGAGAAGGCAUCGCUCGUGGAGCAGAAAUCAGCAAUAGGUUUAGAAAUCUCCAAGCUCCAAGGGGAUGCUUGUCGAGCUGAGGAGUUAUAUAUGUCCGCGGAGAGAGAUUUCGGACGCACUGGCGGCACUGCCACUGCACCGUGGGAAGCAUGCUUGCCUGCUGACAAUACUGCCUCUGACUUGGUGCUUGCUACUACAACUUGCUCUAUAUAAGUUUACUCUUCUGCUGUUUUAAUGCAUUAGGAGGGGAAUGAGAGAUAGCUAGUCCUAUUCCCAUGCACUCGGAAAUGAUAAGCUUAUAUGGACUUCUCUAAUGUUUAGGAGCUGAUCAUUUGCUGUUUUGCACAAAUAUUUUGUUGUAAGGUUUCCCUUUCUUUGUAUAGGCUUAUGAAGUUAUGAUUGAUAAUAAUGUUCUAAAAUGUAUUGCUGGUUGGAGGAGGAGGCUGUUGUCUAAGGGGCAAAUUGG